GUUUACAUCGCUUUCAACGCAGCCUACAUUCACUCUUGCUCCCCUAAAGUUGGUUUUAGUUUUUCUCAUAUUGCUUAAAAAAGGCUUCAGCUCCACGCAAAUAGUUGCUUUGUUUGUAGUGUUUUUUAUCUGCUAGCAUUGGGUAUGUAGUGCUAAAUUGCCACCAUCCUCGAAUUUGCAUCGCUGCUCUAGAUGAAAGAUGGAUGGCUCCCAAGAGGAACUCAAUUUAGAGUUUAAUAUCAUCGAUAACAUCAUUGAAUCAGCUGUGGGCGAUCUGCUGCUGAAGGACAAUAAUAGCGUCCACUAUGAGUACAGUGCGCCUUUGCCACUGCUUCUACCAUUGUGUCGCUUUUGUGCAUGUGAAAACACUCAAAUGAUGCAUAUAUCCGAUGUGCAUCAGCAAAUAAUUAACGAUCUGCGAAUACCCGGAAUACACGAGACAAGCGUGUGCACCAACAUCUGUGGCAGUUGCAACCGGUUCCUGGAGGAAUUUUGCAAAUUUCGUUCCGUUUGCGAGGAGGGCCAAAAGCGUUUGGCGACACUUUUGUCCGGUCGACACGUCGUAUCGAACUAUUUGAAACCGGAAUUCACUAAAAGAGACUUGCUGCCUGCGCAGCUGAAUGAACCGUUCGAUCAUAACAUCCGAUCGGAGCUCAUGUUAAACUCCGUCGAAAUUGUUCAAACCUCCGCAGGAUAUGAUGCGUCGGAAGCGGUAAGGGAUGCUGUAAAUUUGGAUACCACUUGUAAACUAUCGCCUUCUGUAGAGGACACAUCUCCUAUUACGUUACACAUAGCUGUGAUAGAACAACCGGACAUUUCUGAACAAACAAAUGGGGAGCCGGAACAUUCGAUAAAUCAGGAAACAGGAGUUGAAUCAAACCACUCAUCUGAAUGCGGUUCCGAGUUGCAAGAAACGCACGAAUCUAACCAUGUCCAAAUAUGUGAAGAAACCAACUUGAGCGAGUAUUUUGAAAACGUGGAAAACAUCAACAAUGCCCAACGGUUCGAUGCUGUGAUAGAGGAAAAGUCGAACGACACGAUCGUGAAUCGAAAAAGAUCACAAAAAACCGAAGCUCGCCGCCGCGUUGUGGACGGGCGGCUGGAAUGGGUCUGCCUAGACUGCGAGCAGGUGUUUCCCAGCUGCCUUCAGCUAAAGAAACAUCGACGAAACUGUGAACUGGUGGGUAGCAAAACGUCCAAACGCUUCGCAACACUUGGCUGUGAUAUUUGUGGCGAAACCAUGUCCACGGAAUCGGCGCUGACUAUGCACAAGCGCAAGCAUGAAACGAAGGUAAAACGCCCGCCCGCAUUAAAACCCCUUCCCUCUCCCAAUUUGGAACCCAUCUUUUGCGAUGUGUGUGGUCACGCGAGCAAAUCGAAACGUGCGCUUCGGCUGCAUCGAAUUACCCACAGCAACGACAAGCAGGUGGAGUGUCAUGUUUGCGGCAAACGGUUCAAGCGCCGCCGCACACUCCGCAUCCAUCUGGAAGGCCACUCGGGACAAAAGUACGAAUGUGAAGUGUGUGGCAAACAAUUCUUAACCACCGUCACCCUACGGAACCACGCAAAAACGCACAGGAACAGUGAUACAAUGCACGAGUGCACCGUGUGCCAGCGACCGUUUGCGCAUCCGAAUCAGCUACAGAAACACAUGAUGACGCAUACGGGCGAGUAUCCUUACGUGUGCGAAAUUUGCAAUGCAAUGUUUCGCACACUCGGGCGGUACAAUCGGCAUAUGCAGAGGGACACGUGCUGCCAGAGAGCUUGAAUGUAAUCGAGCAGACAGAGACGAACAGUUGGGACGAUUUGAUCGAGUACCAGCCGGAGUCAAUGCUGAGUGACACGUUGGACGAGACACGGUCGGAUGUGAUGCUGGGGAUGGGCGAGUCAUCGAGCGACACGUCCUUGCCGGAUGUGCUAAGCAACUAUGCAUCGGAUCAUCAGCCGUUCGAUCAAGCUCCGGGAGAGUUUGCAGUGCAACGGGUUGAGCCGAUUUAUGCCUUCAUCGAUUGCAACUAAUCAUUUGCAAGUGUAUCGGCAAGUGUCGGCGAAAAGACCUAAAUGAACGCUAGUAAAAAUCUAAUUACUCUGUGGUCGGUGAUAUAAUGGAUAAUAAUUGUAGAAGCUACACGAUUGCGAUCAUCGAAGAUCAAUUAGUUAAUGUUCUUCGAAAUCAAAAGCGAGAGGGAAAAAGGGGAUAUUGCUAGUUAUACGAUGUUAAGGGAGAUUGUUUCUUUAUACCAAUUUCCUGUCCAUUUUUCAAACAUUCACAUUAGUGUAAAAGGAAAAACGUGUUUCACUUUUUGUUUAAAAUGAUACAUUUCGUCAGUGGUUUUAUUAGUUUCUUUUAAAACAGACACUAUAAUUUAUGUACAAAAUCAAAUAAAAUUAUGCCCUUAUGAAAACACAAUGAAAACAA